AUGGCUCCAGACCUCAACUCGCUCCCUCCAUCACCAACCCUACGACGCACACCAGACGACAUGACAGCCAUGACUGACACGCACCCGUCGCCGCACUCGCACUCGCCCUCGCUCUCGUCCCUCCAGGCCGCUGCAGCCAUCAAUGCCGGCAUGCGCAACUCGAAUUCUCCACGCGCCAGCGCCACCCAACGCAGAAGAUCCAGUCUAAUGACCAACCUGCAUCUCAAUGAUGCCCAAAUGCCGGGUCCUGGAGAGAUGCAAGAAUCGACCCACCACCGAGCCCCUAGCCUGGGUCAGAUGCAUCAAGAGCUGGAGAACGAACAAGAACACCAAGUCAAUAGACUGCUGCACAUGAUCCGCCUACAGCAGGACCAGAUCGAUGAGCUGCACGCAGAUCAACCAGCCUCCGACUCCGACACCAGGCCGCGCACCCUAUCGAGCUCAAGCAGGCAGCAACCACUGCCCCAACGUCCAGUCUCGUUAUCGCGACACUCGUCCCAGGCCGUAUCCGUCACCAGCGGUCCCCGAAGCAGCAGCAGAUCUCCUGCCCUACGUCCCGUUGCUUCACCAUACGACCCCCAGCGCGAAGACUGGCUGCUCGGCGCAAAUCGUGACGAGAGCGCUUUCUACCAAGCCGAGACGCAGAUGUUGACCCGAGAGAACCAAAUGCUCAAGGCCCGCAUCCGUGAACUCGGUAAGUCACAUCUACGAGUAACAUCAACAUGUACUGAUAUGUAG